AUGCACAUGGACUCUGAGCCAGGUAGUGCGAAGACCAAUCCUAUUGUGAUUGAAGAUGAAGCCAUUAUUUCAGAAGAAUCAGUCAACAGCGCCGUUGGCCCUUGUAUUUGCUGUACUAAGGAGGUGAAUGCCUUGAUUGAUUCUCCGAAUUGGCCGCUCCCGAAUGUGGAGGAAGAGCUAAGUGAGGAUAUUCUUCUUUCUCUGGGUGAAUGGGGUACUCAGCAAGCUGAAAUGAUGAAUUCUGACAUCUCAACUGGUGUGGAAUCUAACCCUUUUGUAAUCUAUAUUGAUGACGAUUGGUGUUCUACCCCAUGCACUUCCCAAGCGCAUACCGGAGUUCCGAAGAAUGACGCAGGAUAUCUCGACUGUCCUCCUACGGAGGUCUUUAGCCCACCUGUCACAUCGAUGAUUCAACCGAAGAUUGAACCAAAAGAUUAUGAACUGGUUUCAGCCUAUGCCCACUAUUCCGGGUCUGGCACACAGGCCAAUCCUAUAGUGAUAGGCUUGCCUUCGGAUCUUCCACCCCACACGCGUGAUGAAUGGUGCGAUUCGACAGCCACCCCUGUCUCUGAUAAUGACACUGAGGCCAUGAAUACACCUGAUUUCUGGGCGAGUUUGGGACACGAGUAUGCAGAGACGUACACGGCUGCAACAUUCGGACAAGAAUCUUGGGAACAAACAAAUACCUUGCACCCCAAUGUUCAGGAAAUUUAUGAUCAGGAACCGGGGGCAACGGUGACUUCUUCUUCCAAAGAUAUCAGUCUUUUUUCUAGUUGUGAGGAUAAAACAGGUAAGCUUAUAAUCAAGGCGCCUCUCUACCUGUCAAUUUUGACUAAUUCAUCCAAAGCAUCCGAAAGAAAAUAUGAUAGCCUGGAAAUUCAUAUACCGCCGAAGCGCAAACUAUCCGAGAACGUUCAACCUCGCCGGUCGAAGCGCAAACUAUCUGAAAAUGUUCAACCUCGCCGGUCGGCGCGUCUGGCUACACUUUCGAAGCAUCUGGCUAUUACAAAGUAA